CAAUUGUUUUGUUGACAUUCCUACCAUGUUAAAUAUUCUUAAAGUUCUUAUUUAUUUCAGUUGAAUGAACUAGAUGUUAGUGGCAAUGCGGAUCUUGGACCUGCUGGUUGGGCUGAAGUUGGAUUAGUUGUUACUCAAUGUCAGGUGAAGGUAUUCAGGGCUGAUGAUUGCAAUCUGACAGCAGAAGAAAUGAAAGCAUUCAAGGAAAACACUGGCAAUGCAAAGUUGGAUAAACUAGUUGUCAGUCACAAUUAUUAUCUUGAACCUGCUGGUUGGGCUGAAGUUGGAUUAGUUGUUACACAAUGUCAGGUGAAGGUAUUCAAGGCUUGGAAUUGCAAACUGACAGCAGAAAAAAUGAAAGCAUUCAAGGAAAACACUGGCAAUGCAAAGUUGGAUGAACUGUAUGUCAGUGAGAAUGAGGAUCUUGGACCUGCUGGUUGGGCUGAAGUUGGAUUAGUUGUUACACAAUGUCAGGUGAAGGUAUUCAAGGCUCGGCGUUGCAAACUGACAACAGAAGCAAUGAAAGCAUUUAAGGAAAACACUGGCAAUGCAAAGAUAAAGUUACUGGAUCUGAAUUGGAACAAGGUCAGCAAACUCGGAGAUGAAGGAUUAUCUACACUAAGUGAAAUUGUUCAUCAAUGUCAGGUUAAAAGAUUGGAGAUGAAGGGAUGCGACUUCAACAAGGAUCAGUUGGAAAGAUUCAAAGCAUUGAUUGCUGAUACCGAGGUCGAGGUCAUUAACGACUAGAAUCCACAAACAGUGAUUUGAAUAAUCCAUGUCGCCGGGUAUAAGCCAUUCAAGCUUUAAUUUUAUUCAACUUCAACAGGUUCAUUUUUUAUCAACAAAAUUAGUUUCAUAGUAUUAAUUGUUUCCUCUCCAUACAAGGCUCAAGCAAGCAUCCAUUUAUACAUAUGAAUCUGCCACAAUGCUUAAAGAUCAGACACCCUGAACAUAUCAGGACUCUAGUUUGUGAUUUAUACAAUGUUUCCAACUAAAUCUGUUUUCAAGCAUUUCAUUUUGAUUAAAAAUAUUUUACCAUCAUAUUCCCUGUCAACAAAAUUAAAAGUUCAUUCCCUUUUAAAGCUAAAGGAGGUAUCCAUUCAAGCAUAGGGAUCCACUCUUCCUAGGAUUUGUACCUGUUUACCUAAUAUAUUGAACUAAGUAAAAUAAUGAGUCGAAUCAACCUGGUCUCGAACCAAUGAUCUCAGGGUUCACUUGCUGAUAUUAUGUUAACAACCAUGUCCUGAAUUAGAACUCAAGUAUAACCCAAACCCCCAAGUAAUAGGAUUUGUACAAUAUGUUACUCCGCCUAUUCAAUGCUCACAUUUUGAUGUCGCACACAUUUCUUGCAUAUUCCUUGUGUUUGCCUUUUCCUUAUCCACCCUAAUGAUGAUUCUAGUUCAGCGGUGGGCAAGGUUUUCGAACCCGGGGCCAAAAAUUUUACCCACUUAGACUGGUGGCCAUGUAAGUGUGUGACGUAAAAAGUUUAAUUUUAUGAACAAUAGUUACAGUGUUAAAAAGGCAAAAGUGGAAAACAAUAAGCCUUAAUUUAAUCGCAAUCUCAACACAUCUUCUGAGCUACUUUUCAGCUGAAACAUCAAAAUUUGGUUUUAGUUUAGUUGUGACAGCAUUGGGUGGGCCAGAUUCAAUUACCCAACAGGCCGGAUUUGGCCCGUGAGCCUUAGUUUGCCCAUGUCAGUUCUAGUCAUUUAAUUGAAUAUUUUCAUUUUCUUAUUGCACUGUUUUCAUGAUCAGUAUGUGCUGUAUAUUGAGCUUCAACCACUGCAUGUUUAAUUUUUCACUUUCAAUAAUUUUGAUGUUUACGUCAGGGGUCGUUAACCUUUUUUGGUCAGCCAUAAAAGAUACAUAUUUUCAACUGCAUUUCUGUGCAAGCAUUAUAUAGCUUUUCUUUACUUAAUCAAGCCUGAAAUUUUUACUUUAAAGUCAACAAAUACAAUGUAAAUAUACAUUUAAUGUGACUUCUGAUGCUGCAUGUUGCCGCUGCGGGUCUGGAAUGACUGCUCACGGGCAGCACAGGUUGAAAUCCACGAUGCUCAUCACCCUUCUUUCUUGGACAAAAAGCUUUUCUCUAUUGCUUCGUGACUCUAUCGCUUUGUGAUGUCACGAAAUAUGUUCCAGAAUCCCCUAGUUUUGUCACAAUGCCCGUCCAGUAAUUCUCCCAGAUCAGUGAUUCCCAAAAUGGGCGAUAUCGUCCCCCGGUGGGCGAGAAAGUCGUAGGGGGCGAUAUCGCAAAACCUGUUUUUGGUCCGCGCAUCAUGCACUUGAUUACUGUACUCUGCCUGCUUUCGUAAGUUUGAAUCACGUGGGCGAUGUCACACACGAAAGAAUUGCUGGACUCGUCUUCGCAGUAAGGUGCGGUAGUUUGCGUAUCUCAGUGGUCGGGGUAAUCUGGCCGGGGCGCUUCACUGAAUGGAUCUUUCUCCGACCUUUGACCCCGGAAAAUUCUUCCCAUAGUUUACCAUUCUAA